AUGGGUAAUCAUGAAAUUGAUUUCCAUGAAUUCUGUGAUGUAAUGAAACGAAUGAGUGAAAAACAAACAGGUGAAGGUGGCGUUGUAUCAAAGAAAGAUUUUCAAUACAUCCUCACUGAAUUAGGUGAUAUUCGUAAUAAAGCAGUGAUUGAUGAAAUAUUCGCUGAAGCAGAUGUUGAUGGUGAUGGUGUUCUUGAUUAUGAUGAAUUUGCAUUUAUGGUACGAAAUUAUAUGAUUGAUGAAGAUUUGGAUACAUGCAAAUGUCUUUGA